GAUUCCAAAGGCUUUUUGCCUUCCUAUAAAUACCCCUCACAAUUCCCCUCCUCUCAUUUCCAUCAAACCACCCCUCACCCAUUUCCUUCUGUGUAGACCACGGUUGAACGCUGUUGCUGUUGUUUGAUCUCUUCACAAAGAUACAAUUUUAGUACAAUUAAUCUGCCUAGUACGAUGAUGUCUGGUCCACUUAGCAAGAGCAUAGGCUUAUCUUCAGCUUUGAACAUCACUGAAGAAGCAACUACUGUCACUAAGAAGCAAGGCAUAGUAUCAAUUCUUGGAUCGGAUACCGAUCAGAGACCAACCAAAGGUUCUUCACUUAGAAGAACUUUAUCAGCUGAUAUGUCUUCCAAGAAAUGGCUCACUCAACUGAGCAAUAUUGCAUCUUCCGAUGAACUCCCUGUUUCCAUUGCAGACUCAUCCUCAGAGGAAGCAGAAGAAGAGGAUUAUCAAGAAAAGAAGGCACUCGAAAAGCCUGCCCAGUUCGAUAUAUGGACCUCAAUCAUUUCAAGCAAACCUCAAGACGACUCCAAAUCGCUUCCCCCGCCUUACAUUCACCCUCUUGUAAAAAGAUCGGGGAGCUGUUUAAGCGAGAAAAGCCUCGAAAUAUGCACUGAGAGCCUUGGUUCCGAGACUGGCUCCGAUGGGUUUUCUUCCUAUCCUCCGUCGGAAACCGGUGACGUGGACGAAGAUCGUAAAGAGGAAGAUCAACGACUCCGACAGCAAAAACUCGCUUCUUACGAUGAUGAAGAUGAUCAGCCAAGGAUUCUGAAAUAUAACAAUGAUGUGGUUGCCAAGAAAGCGCCACACCAUGGAUCAUUUCCUCCACCAAUCCCUUCCCUUUCUCGCAAAGAUGGAGCAUCAGUUCGCAUGGAGACUCAUCGUGAUAAUGGCAGGUUGGUUCUUGAAGCUGUUUCAGUGCCUUCGAAGAAAAACUUCCUCGCUCAACGCCAAGAUGGUCGCCUAGUCCUCACUCUUGCCAUGAAUGAAGUGAUGAUGAUCGAAGAAGCAGAGGAAGUGGAAGAGUUUGAAAGCUUUGGAGAUGAAGAGAAAGGAACUGAUCAAAUGGACAUCAUCGAUGAAGAAGAAGAAGGAGAUCGAGGUUGCGAGAUGGAGAAGGCUAAUAAACUUUCGAGCGGAGCAAUGAAUGUCCAUAGGUUAGCUGUAAUGAUGAACAAGCCCAUAUGGUUAGCAAACAGGAACCCGACAUGGCCUGAAACUUUUGAUGAAAUAGUUAAAUUUGGAGAAGAAGAAGAGGAGAAAGUUGAGCCAAGCACUCCGCCGCCACUACAGUCACCGUCACCGCGGCCUCGAAUGGCUAGGCUGAUACCAUCACCACCGCCACCACCAUCAUCAUCAACAACAACAGCGGCGUCAUUCAAUUCAUAUGAGUACUAUUGGAAUCGACCCAAUCAACCCAUGUCGCCAAAGGCAGCCAUCCUUGCGCCACUAGCACUCAAUGACAAUAGCGACAGCCAUCUUAUUCUCUCCCAGAAUCAAACAGCUAAGGAUCAACAACAAUUGCUGGUUUUGAGGGGCAACAAUGGUGAUUACUUUGUUCCUUUGCUAAAAGGAUGCAGAGAAACAAGGUCUCUUCUACUCUGGGAUACCUAUUGCAUUGCCACCUCCUGAUGCCAAUCAUCAAAAUACCAUCCCCAAAAACAUCAAAUUCCUUGAAAUUUGUGCUUAUAUUUAUUGUCAUUGCUUACUAUUAUUAACCUAUCUGUUUUUUUUUUUCUCUCCUUCCUAGUUUUUCCACUUUCACUCCUUGAGGGUGAUUGUGAUUGUGUAGUCAAAUUUCCAAUAAAAAAUCAAGAAAAGGGAAAGAGAAAAUGAUGAAAUAUUGUUAUAUAA